CCUCCUGUCCAGUAGGUGGCGCUACCGGUAGGUUCCUUCAGGUGUCAGCUCCGCUACAUGUGUCAUUGACAUCAACAGAGGCACAAUGAGGCUGACCGCUCUGCUGUCGAUGGCAGUCAGGGUCAUUGUGCCCAAAGAUUACCGUUACGGCACCAACAGGCCUUGGACAGCCGCUGCUAAAAGGUUAAAUCCACCGGGGAAGAGGAGGAGGAAGGUGUUUGUUGAGCCGAUAGCGCCAGAGGAGUGGUCUGUGCUCAAAGGGGACACGGUUGAGAUUCUGAAAGGCAAUGACAAGGGAAAGCAGGGGAAAGUUAUCCAAGUCUUCAGACGCAGAAACUGGGUCAUCCUGGAGGGACUGAACACACAUCACAGGUAUAUUGGAAAAACUGCAGAUUACCGUGGGACGUACAUUGCCAGUGAAGCUCCCAUCCUGGUCCGUGAUGUUGCCCUCGUUGACCCCUCAGACAGGAAGCCCACUGAGGUCGAGUGGAGGUACACAGAAGAGGGUGAGAGAGUCCGAGUGUCACUCAGGACAGGGAGAAUCAUCCCGAAACCAGUUGUGGAGCGACGAGAUGGCAUUGUGCCGCAGCAAUGGAAAGAUGGGCCUAAAGAUACCACUCCCGAAGAUGCUCUUGAAAAGACAUACAUACCAUCUCUGAAAACCCUGGAGGAGGAGGUCAUGGAGAAACUCGGUAUCCAGGAGAACAGGAGGCAACGAACGUCCUACUGGUACUGACCAGACAAAUCAGAGACGCUUAGCCUCCCCUUUGUGCUGACCAGUUUUCACAGGAACUCUGGACAUACCUUGUUCUGGAGUUGAGCAGAAGGUCAGGUCAAACAGAGACUGUGAAGAUACCAAGUGGAGGGUGUACGGACUCUUAACAUACUGCUGCACCAUGAAAAUGAUUAAGAAAAUGAUCUGUAAACAAUAUGAGGAAGUGAAAUCAGACUGCAGUUCACUUAGGUGUCACUUUGUUUCUUUAUAGUGUUGUGAAUAAAUGUCAGACUAGAG